AUGACUGACAAUUGCUUGAAUGUCAGUGCACAGUUUCGUUAUCUUGAUAGCGAACUGUUACACAAUAUCGAGAAGGAGGGAACGCUGAUAUCUUCCACCCAUUCACUCUUUCUCGGGCGUUGGUCCGUGUAUAAAGGCGUAGCAGCAACUGGAAUACAAUUUCAAAACAAUGCUGGACACCGUUUAAAACAAACAGAUUCUGAAUCUUUAUUCUUUUACGACUCGAGUCAGAACGUAUGUGCUGAACCUUCAACAAAAUAUGUAUUGAGGAAUGCGACUUGUGACACUGAAAAUCAAAAGUUUACUUUCG